UUCAAUUCCUUACUACUGGUGCGAGAGGAAGAAAGAACUCUGUCAAAAAAAAAAAAAAAAAAAAAAAGCAUUACUUCAUGGCUACUUAGAAGCAACUAUUGAAAUUAUGGAUAAACAUUUUAAUAUACAAAACAAGCUGGAGAAUGUGUAGUUUCCUUCUACUGAUCACCAAAUUUUUGUACUCUGUCAGUUGUGAAGACCACAACAAACUCCCUAAGUGUGUCUCUUUUUGUGUGCCAAGUACACCUGCAUUUCCACAUUCUCAAGAGAGCUUAAAUCGGUUCCCAAUACUCAUACAUUUAGUGAUACAACCUCAGCUGUUUUCAUUAGUUGGGGAGUGUCCAAUCUUUAUUUAUGAGGUUUGCAAUAUCUACCUUUCUAGUUUAUGUGAGGUGUUGAUCUUACCUCUACAUCCAAGUAUAUCUCAUUCUUUAGUAUCUUUGUCCUAAAAGCUCCAUGCAGCUUUCCUGCAGAAUAGGAAUGGGAUUUUUUCUUUAUUUUGUAGAAAGAAAGGUAUAUCAAAGAGAACAGGUCUAUAGAAAUAGGUGCCCAAGGGCGACACCAGGUAUAAGAAUGCCGGAUUAGAUUUUGAAGGCAUUAGGGAAUGCUGUACGCUUAUGAAGGAUUCAGGAAGCUAAAGCGCUGUCUAGAGCUAAGCAGUAUAGUAUUUAUGAAUAUCUAGCUCUCUCUUAAGUUUGUGUGUUGGAAGUACAGUUAAAGUAGAGUCACAUUCCUCUGGAGGUGCAUAUCAAUACUGAACUGAGUGAGAUGUGUCAUUUCAUAAUGGAAAUGGUGCUUGUAUCAACUGAGAUUUUCCCAUUCACCUGUUUUAGUCAGUGCCCACUAGAGCUAGGCACUACAGUGCUCAUGAAUAUCUGGCUCUGUGUUAAGUUUAUGCAUUAGAAGAAGUCGCACAACUUUCAUGAAGGGACAUGAACGUCUCAUUUGUAAUGGCUCCCUUCAUCCUGUGUCUCCUCUGCAGCAACACGUCGAAUUCACGUCCUUUCACCUCGAGGUGUCUCCAGCAGAUGCCCUUUCACGUCCAAACGCGGAAGCAGUGGGGUCAGAAGAGAGGGAUGUACCCGCCUGGAUGCCGUUCCCCGCAGCCGCGGAGACUGCGCGCCCUGCCCGCCCUGGGAAAGGCAACCGGGCGUGUGGGGCCGGCUCGAAGCCCCAGCCUGGUCCCGCAUUGGUUCCCGAAGUUCCAGCGUCAUUUUCUCCCCACACCCCGCUUGGCACUAGCAAUCACAAGUCUCAAUGGAGGGGCGGGAGAGAGCUGUGGAGCGCUGAGAGGGUUCCUUCAGCCCCCCGGACCACCACCAGGGAUGUCCGGGACUCAGCCCGAGGAUGCUUCGCCUCCGUGCAGGAACUGGACGUCGUCUCCGGAGCUGAAUGAAACACGGGAGUCCUUUUUAACCCCAUCCGCCGAUUACGACGAUGAGGAGUUCCUGCGCUACCUCUGGAAGGAGUAUUUGCAUCCCAAGGAAUACGAAUGGGCGCUGAUCGCGGGAUACAUCGUCGUCUUCAUCGUGGCUCUCGUCGGGAACGUGCUGGUUUGUAUUGCAGUGUGGAAGAAUCAUCACAUGCGAACAGUCACCAACUAUUUCAUAGUGAAUCUAUCUCUGGCUGACAUUCUGGUCACAAUUACUUGUCUUCCAGCAACUUUAGUAGUGGACAUCACAGAAACUUGGUUCUUUGGGCAGCACCUCUGCAAAGCAAUUCCCUACUUACAGACAGUUUCAGUCUCUGUAUCUGUACUAACACUUAGCUGCAUUGCUUUGGAUCGAUGGUAUGCAAUUUGUCACCCUUUGAUGUUUAAAAGCACAGCCAAGCGUGCAAGGAACAGCAUUAUAAUUAUCUGGAUUGUGUCCUGCAUCAUAAUGAUUCCUCAGGCUAUUGUCAUGGAGUGCAGCAGUGUGUUCCCAGGAUUAGCCAAUAAAACCACCUUGUUCACAGUGUGUGAUGAACACUGGGGAGCUGAGGUUUACCCCAAAAUGUAUCACACAUGCUUUUUCCUGGUGACAUACAUGGCACCACUGUGUCUUAUGGUGUUGGCCUAUUUGCAAAUAUUUCGAAAGCUGUGGUGUCGCCAGAUCCCUGGAACUUCUUCUGUCGUUCAGAAAAAAUGGAGGUCUCUGCAGUCCUCAGCACAGCAGCGAGGGCUGGGACAGUCAACAAAGUCAAAGAUCAGUGCUGUGGCAGCUGAAAUAAAACAGAUUCGUGCAAGAAGGAAAACAGCACGUAUGCUAAUGGUUGUCCUGCUGGUUUUUGCACUUUGCUAUCUGCCAAUUAGCAUCCUCAAUAUCUUGAAAAGGGUUUUUGGGAUGUUUAAUCAUGCUGAUGACAGAGAAACUGUAUAUGCCUGGUUCACAUUCUCACACUGGCUUGUGUAUGCAAACAGUGCAGCCAAUCCUAUUAUUUAUAACUUCCUCAGUGGGAAGUUUAGAGAAGAAUUUAAAGCAGCAUUUUCUUGUUGCAUCUUUGGCAUUCACAGUCACCAUGAUGAACGGCUUACCAGAGGUCAUGCCAGUACAGAGAGUCGGAAAUCUUUGACCACCCAGAUCAGCAAUUUCGAUAAUGUUUCAAAACAUUCAGAACAUGUUGUAUUGACCAACAUAAACACUCUUACGGCAAAUGGAAUCACAGCUACAUUCAGCCCCUUGAAGUCAGUGGAACUGCAUCUCCACAUACCAGGGAUGAAUGUGUCUUCAAAUUUAGAUGAAGCAGUGAGAAUUUCUGCAGGAAGCACUGGCAACACAGAGAAUUCAGAAUGGGAUAAAUUUGUCCCUAGUGUAACUAAACUUACCUCAAUGGAAUUACAGCAAGGAUGACUUUGGCUCAGUGCAGCUGAGAAUGGCACUUGUUUUUAGCUGUGUUACAGACUAGAACAACUGGACAAAGGGAUUCCUGCAAAACGACUGCCUCUUCUACUUCUUCUCAGACUUAUGGAAACCUACUUACCUCAGUAUGAGCUAAAGAACA